UAGACAGCAACAUAGCAGAGAGAGAGAGAGAGAGAGAGGGAGUGAGAAGAGAAAAAAAAUGGCAAUCUCAGUACCCAGUAGACAACUAUUCAUAGAUGGAGAGUGGAGAGUCCCAGUUCUCAACAACAGGAUUCCGAUCAUCAACCCCGCCACUGAAGACAUAAUAGGGAAUAUCCCAGGUGGAACUAAGGAAGAUGUUGAGCUUGCUGUGGAUGCUGCUAAAAGAGCACUGUCCCGGAACAAGGGCAGAGAUUGGUCAGCUGCUCCUGGCUCCCUUCGUGCUCGUUAUCUUCGAGCCAUCGCUUCAAAGAUAACGGAGAAAAAGGAUGAACUAGGAAAACUCGAAGCAAUUGAUUGUGGAAAACCGCUAGAGGAAGCAUUGGCAGACCUGGAUGAUGUUAUUGGUUGUUUUAACUACUAUGCGGAGCUUGCCGAAGGGUUGGAUGCAAAGCAAAAGGCUCCUGUAUCCCUUCCUAUGGAGACCUUCAAGAGUUAUGUUCUCAAGGAGCCCCUUGGGGUUGUUGCAUUAAUUACUCCAUGGAACUAUCCUCUCUUAAUGGCUACAUGGAAAGUUGCUCCUGCUCUGGCUGCUGGUUGUACUGCAAUAUUGAAGCCAUCUGAAUUGGCAUCUGUGACUUGUUUGGAGCUGGCUGAAAUAUGCAGAGAAGUGGGCCUUCCUCCAGGGGUGUUAAAUAUUGUCACUGGAUUAGGCCAUGAAGCUGGUGCUCCUCUGGCUUCUCAUCCAGAUGUGGCCAAGGUUGCCUUUACUGGAAGCUCUGUAACUGGGAGCAAGAUUAUGACAGCUGCAGCACAGCUAGUCAAGCCUGUUUCACUAGAGCUUGGUGGGAAAAGCCCAAUCAUUGUUUUUGAGGAUGUUGACCUUGAUAAGACUGCUGAAUGGACAAUCUUUGGUUGCUUCUUUACAAAUGGUCAGAUAUGCAGUGCAACAUCUCGCCUUAUUGUGCAUGAAAGUAUAGCUACAGAAUUUGUGAAUAGGCUUGUGAAAUGGGCCAAAAACAUCAAAAUUUCGGAUCCCUUGGAAGAAGGUUGCAGGCUAGGUCCUAUUGUUAGUGAAGGACAGUAUAAAAAAGUGUUGAAUUUUAUCUCAAAUGCUAAGAGUGAGGGUGCAACAAUUUUGACUGGUGGAUCUCGCCCAGAGCAUUUAAAAAAGGGGUACUUUGUUGAACCAACCAUCAUAACUAACGUGACUACCUCCAUGCAAAUUUGGAGAGAAGAAGUUUUUGGACCUGUACUGUCAGUGAAAACAUUCAGUACCGAGGAAGAAGCUAUUGAACUAGCAAAUGACACCCACUACGGAUUAGGGUCUGCUGUGAUGUCAAAAGAUCUAGAAAGAUGUGAGCGCCUAUCUAAGGCUAUUCAGGCUGGAAUUGUAUGGAUAAACUGUGCUCAACCAAGCUUCAUUCAAGCUCCAUGGGGAGGCAUUAAACGUAGUGGUUUUGGUCGAGAAUUGGGAGAAUGGGGACUGGAGAACUAUUUAAGUGUGAAGCAAGUGACCCAAUACAUAUCUGAUGAACAGUGGGGUUGGUAUCAGUCUCCUUCAAAGCUGUGAUAUAAUUAGAGUUCUAAAAUCUGGCAUGGAAUAACGUGUGGUAAUGAUCUUAAUUUGAGAAAACAUUGUACAAUGUGUACAUGUAACAAUAAAUUGUUUCAUGGCCAUGCUAGUGCUGGGUUGUGUAGAUUUUAUCUUAUUGGUUCUGGUCCCCUCCAAUAUUUGAAACUUUGAAUGGCUUCAUCAAAGACAUUUUCUUUUUAAAAAGUUUGCAUGCAAUUUUUUA